AUGAUUACUGCCCCAGGAACUAUCUAUGGGACAUCUUUUGGGCAGAGAUAUGUUAGUGUAGAAGGUAAAUAUAUCGCCUUUGAUUUAGAAAAUAGACUUAUUUUAGAAUUAAGUUCAAAUCCAGAUAAAAAAUAGUUCUGGUAAUUUGGAAAAGAAGGACAUUAAGAUAUAGUCAGAGGUGGUAUUUAUAAAAUAAAAUAAAAAGAAUUUUAAAAAAAUCUGAUUAAACUUGGUCCAUAAUAUUGGAAAUUUAAAGGCAUUGAAAAAGACUGGAUUGAAUAAAAAAUUCAUGAUAUAGAAGGAAGAUGGACUAAGUAAGUGUUUUUAGAUAAUAAAGAAGUAAUUUGGGAUGCUUUCAGACCUUAACCGCCUAAAAUUUAAAUAGAAGAAGCUUCUUUACCCAGUGAUAGUUGGUUUAGGGAAGAUUUAAUUGCGUUAAGGGCUGGAAAUUUCGAUUAGGCAUAAGAAAUGAAGGAAUUAUUGGAAAAUAUUUAAAGAAAUGAUAAAAAAUUAAGAAUGAAAAAAUUGUAAAAAAAUUGA